AUGUCCGGACUCGUCGAAAAGCUGACUGCUGAAGGAGGGGGUGAAUCAGUGGAGUUCCUGAACGACCUGGUCAGACAGUUGUGGCCCAAUAUCAACGCAGCCGGUAGCAAAAUGGUCAAGGAGAUCGUCGAGCCCAUGUUCAAGACGAUGCUCCCGGGCCCGCUGGCCACCCUGCACUUCACCAAGAUCGAUCUCGGCCCUGAACCUCUACGACUGUCAAAUGCAAAGACGACAAAGACAGAGGUAGAUGGCAUCAAACUCGAUUUGAACGUCGACUGGGUGGGUAAAGCCGACAUCGAAAUGGACGCAGACAUGAUCCCUGCCCUUGGCGUUGAAAGCGUACAGCUGCAUGGAAGGCUUUCUAUUCUUCUAUGCCCUCUGACAAACGUCAUACCACUGAUCGGAGCCGCCCAGAUAUCAUUCAUCAACCCACCAGUUCUCAAGCUUGAUUUCACAGGCGCUGCCAACGUGGCCGAUUUCUCCAUCAUUGAUGACACGGUCCGGAAGGUGAUUCUCGGCAUCAUCAACUCUAUGUUCACCCUCCCCAAUCGAUUCCUGGUCAAGCUUGACGCCAAUGCCGACUACUUCAAAACGUACCACUACCCACUCGGGAUGGUGCGAGUAACCGUGGAGAAGGCGUGGGGCUUCGGAGAGGAGGCCAAGUCAUCCACCAAAAAGUUGUUCAACAAGUUGACCGGUGCCGCUCCAGACUGCUACGCCAAGGUCGAGGUCGGGGGCGAGGAAGCGUGGAAGACUGCCACCAAGAACAACACCAACAGGCCGUCGUGGAACGAGACGCAUGACUUUGUCGUGAGUGAUUUCGACCAGUGCAUCAAGGUGGACGUGCUCGAUGAGGACCUCAACGGAGACGACGAAGUCGGCCUUGCCGUGACCACGGUCCGCGAGAUUCUGUUGGCCGGAGGCAGCCAGGAACUACCGCUUGUGCACAAGGGCCAGGAAACCGACGGCAGGGUGUCCAUCUCGUGCCAGUUCUUCAAGUACGUGGCCGACGCCGGCAGCCUGACCGCGUCGGACCACAAAGGCGACGGCCGGCUCUCGGGCAUUGCGACAAUCCUGGUGGCGGGGGCCUAUGGCAUCCCAGGCCGGCGCGAGGACCUGAAACCCAGCGUCGUGGUGACGUGGGGCCAGACGCAACGGUUCCAGACCGCCGUCAAGACCGACGCGCCCGGCACCGACAUCAACAACCCGGCCUUUGACCAGGCGUUCCGACUCCCCAUCACCACCGACCUGGUGGGCAGCAGCCCGGACAACUUCCGCAUCGCGCUGCUCGACGGCACCAAGGAGAUUGGCGCCGUCGACAUCCCCUUUGCCACCGUGGCCGACGCCCCCGACAAGACGCUGCAGCAGAAAUUCGACGUGGGCAACGGCGCCACCGUGCGAGCCAGCAUCCGCCUCCGAGGCGUCGUCCCCGGGGAGAUGCCGCAGACGGCGACGCUUCCGGAUAGACGCAAGUGA